AUGCGUAAUCCAGUUAUUAAUAAACUAACCUCACAUUUUACUGACUCACCAAAGUUAGAUAAAAAUUAUAGUAUUGAUACUGAAGGUGAGCAUCAAACUGAUUCCUAUUGGGUUCUCGGUCCACAUUGUCCACUAUGUAGAGAAAAUCAUAUGAGUUUAGAUGAUAAGUGGUGGCUAGAUAGUCGAAGUAAAAAUACAUAA